AUGGCUGGGCUGCAGUCACUGAUACAGCGGGUGCUGAGCGCGCUAUUGUGGCGGGCACUGCAUGCACUGCUCUGCCCGCACCGUGCGCUCGCCUCGGCGCUGUGCGUGCGCCCGGGCACCUGGAACUGGAUUUGGUGGCUGCCCAAGCCUCUGGCGAACCGUGGGAACCCUCGUCGCAGUCCGGACCCGCACCUGUACCAGCACUCGCACCGAUACCUGCACGGGGACCCCGCACUAGCCGCCAUGCAUCCGGGGCCGCGCUGGCGCGUGGACCGCCGGACUUUGCAUAAGCUGCCGGUGCACCUGGGUCUGUUGAUCACGGAGCCGGAGCACAGUUUCUCGGAUGUGGCGAGCAUCGUGAUGUGGUGCGUGUCCGUGGGGAUCUCCUACGUUAGCGUCUACGACCACCAAGGUAUUUUCAAGAGAAAUAAUUCCAGACUGAUGGAGGAAAUUUUAAAACGACGACAGUUACUUUUGGGCUUAGAUUGUUCCAGGUACUCAGCAGAGUUGGUAGAGAGUAACGACAAAGACGGUUUAGUUUUAAAUUGCCGGUCGGCAGUGCAGGUGCUGUCCCCAGAAGACGGAAAAGCAGGUAUUGUGCGAGCAGCCCAGGACUUCUGCCAGCUGGUGGCGCGGCAGCAACGGAGAGCCACGGAUCUCAACGUGGAUGUAUUUGACCGCUUGCUUCGUUCCCAUGGCUUCCCGGAUCCGGAUUUAGUACUGAAGUUUGGUUCUGUGGACAGCACAUUAGGCUUUCUCCCCUGGCAAAUCAGACUGACUGAGAUCAUCUCCUUGCCUUCUCACCUGAACCUCAGUUACGAGGACUUCUUCUCUGCCCUUUGUCUGUAUGCCAUGAGUGAACCGCGUCUGGGAAAGUAGUGGUCACUGCAUGAUUUGAUUCGGGCUUUUGGAACAAAGGACCCGAGUGACUCUAAUGUUUACAAAGUACCUAUAAAAUCCUGUGCACACCUACUUCAUAUUCCUCAUAAUUUAUCAGCAGACACAAAAAGUGUCUUAUUCAGUGCGUGUGCUCACGCGUGCGUGUGUGUGUGUGUGUGUGUGUGUGUGUGUGUGUGUGUGUGUGGUGUGUUUGGGAAGAAACAGGGAGGCUGUAGGGAAUGAAGUACUCCAGGAUGUGAGCCUUCAGAUUUAAAGGACUCAGCCCAUACAACUUUCCUGGUCUUCUGAAGUACAGGGAGUGAUUAGAACUGCUUGUUUGGAGUGGGGUGAGGUAAAUUUUGUUCGGCUUAUCCUAGUGACCAAGCUUUAAUUUUUAAGAAUAAUAUAUUGACUGACUAGACGGGAGUAUUCUCAUUUUGAGGACAACUCGGAGAAGUGGAAUCCUGCACUCAUACGUUGAAAGCUUGAUUACAUUCAGAACAUCUCUCUUCAGAUUUCUGGCCGUUUCCAUCCCUUUAUUCUAGUCAGCAAUGUGACUUUCGAGUUCUGCUUUGGUGGUCUGUGUUCUGUGUUGUAAAGAUCAUUUGAAAAAGAAAUUUUACAUGUUGAAUUAGGCAGUCAAAAACUAAAUAAAAAAUAGUCUCAAAGGUGGAAAAUUUCCUAAAAGGACAGUUUUGACGCCUUUGCUGGUAUGAAGAGCAUGUUACAUAACGCCUAAAAACAUUUCCAUCAGCUUUUUAUUUAAAAUGGACAUCUGGUUCCUCUUUUGAGUAACACCUGGGUUUUUUUUUCCUCCAGUAAAUCUCAAUAGCAAUUUUGCAUAGACGAUUAAAGAGGAUGGAGGCCUUGUCAUCAAAGUCUAUGAAAAUAAUUUAACUUGAUCAUUAAUGUUCUCUUGUGUCACAGAGAACAGCACUGGCUCUAUUAUUUUAAGAAUAAGACAAUGACAGGGACUUAAUGUGUUCCCACACUGCUCACAUGUCUAUGGAAACAAUUCUCUAUAUGUGAGGGACAGUUUUGAGAAAGCUCUUACCAGCAAAAGCCAUGUACUUUUAGUGUGGAGUCAUUUGACUACCAGCCCCACAGAAUCUGAAAAACAGCAAAGAAGACUGCGCUUGGAAACAUGGUCUAUUACAGCUUCUCAGACUCUGAGGGAAAGAGUAUGUUUCCGCUUGGGAUUACAAAUCCCGUUUAUGAUGUAAAAAUAUUCUUAUAAUAAAAAUUAUUCAAAUGAAUUUUGAUCCAGUGACAUUACUUUGUACUAAAGUUUUUUUGUGCAAAUUCUUUUUUUAAAGGUCUUAAUUAUUGCUAAAAUUUUGUGUGAAGCUACAGCACAUGCAAACAUUAGAGAAUCUCCCAUUUCUGGUGUGUCCUGUGCAGUGAUCCAUGUUCCAUUGGUUUUUAUUCCCCCUAGGGGGGAUGAGCUUAAAAAAUUAAUGCUUUUCAUUAACAUGAUAUAUAUGUUCUUAAUAGAAUUUCUGGAGUUUGUAUGGCUUCAGUGAAUUAAACUUAGCCUAAUUAAAAUAAAGGGAUUUAAGACUUGUUAGCCCAAC